AUGUGCGAAACCCUGCUUCAAAACGACGACGUUGUCCAACUCCGCCGGCUUCUCCGGGGAAUUCCUUCCGACUGGGUCUAUGCAGAUUCCCGCACAGUGUCCGAUUGCAAAUCGCAUCAGUCCAUCUUAAAAUCUACGGCAAGAUUGGCAUUGGACGACGGGAACUUCACCUUGCUAUUUCAAAUUAUUGAAGAAAAUCACUUUGACUACGAACAUCAUAGCCUCCUUCAGCAAAUAUGGUAUCAGGCCCACUAUGCACAGGCGACACGCCGCCGCGGUAGACAACUGACUGCUGUUGACAAGUAUCGUCUGCGGCGACGCUAUCCGUUGCCGGCCACCAUUUGGGAUGGAGAAGAAACGGUGUAUUGUUUCAAACAGAAAGUGCGUGAAGUGCUCAAACAGUGCUACGAGCAGAAUAAAUACCCAAAUCCGUCAGAGAAAUAUGUCCUGGCCAGACAUACUGGAUUGACUUUCACUCAAGUAUGUUAA